UUGGUUGAUAAUACCAGUUGCAUCCUAUUUAAAAACAGUGGGUCCAUUUAAGACAAAUCAUGUCAUUUACACUUGAACGUAAAAAGAUUCUAGGGAAGGGUGCGUAUGGGCCAGUUUUCGCCGGGAGAUGGAAUAAUAUUACUGUUGCCGUCAAACGGAUUCAACUUCACGAUCUGCUCACUGAUAGAGAGGAAAGUGCCAUGAAAGGCCUGCACCACCAGAAUGUGGUGAAACUCCAUGCUGUUGAAGAGGAUGAAAAUUUCAAAUAUCUAAUUUUGGAACUCGGACUAGCAACAGUAAAUGAUUACUGUGAAGGUAAGUACGACGGGAGAAGGCCUGCUGAUUCUUCCGCCCUGUACCAAAUGGCUGACGGGUUGUCCUAUAUCCACGGCAGGGGCUUGGUCCAUCGUGACAUAAGUACUGGGAACGUGCUUUUUGCUCUAGUCGGUGAUGAAGUGGUGAUGAAAAUUGCCGAUUUCGGAUUUUGUAAACCUGCUUCAGAAAACGGAAGUUUCUCUAUGAGUCAAGGUUCUAAAGGAACCAAACGUUUUCUUGCCCCUGAAAUGUUGAAGGUGAUGGGCGUUGACGGUGAGAGGCCUCGUGGUAACAUCACUAGCGACAUUUUCUCUUUGGGUUGUCUCUUUUUUGUUUUCCUCACCAAAGGCAAACAUCCCUUCUCUGAUGGCUCUAUUCACACCAUUUCAUUAAAUAUAAUUAGCAACAAUCAGUUUUUAGGAAGCUUAGAGAAGAAGCAUGAUUACGCCUUACCUUUGAUUAAAGGUAUGAUUGAAGCGGAUCCCGAAAAAAGACUUACGUUGGAAAACGUAAAAGCGUCUCUUAAAUUAUAGAUUGCUGCAUGAGAUUUGUUUGGCCUCCGACGUUUGUUGAACAUCCAGUAAGCCAAUAAAUUAAUUUCUGCGAUGAAAAUCGAUUCUCGUUACAUGUUUUUAACAUAUUUCAUACCAUUCUUUUCUACCAAUUCCUUCUGCAGUUUACCUUGAAAUAAACAAAACAAAUGCAUGCUAA